CGCGCCUUUCAAUCACAACCUCCACAUCGCCGCAUUUCAUGACUUUACGACACGAAUAUGAAUUUCGGCGUCAGAGAGGUCGCACUCAAUUCUAGAGCUAAUGCUGCUCCUGGGUGGGCUUAUGUCCCAGAUACAGGAGUCAAUGCCUCCGUCACAGCCUUGCAGCCUUCCUCUCGGAAACGCGCUCGAAAUCAACAUGUAGCCAGCCACCAAGAGACGACAGCGAAGCAAGAUGCAAAGAUUCUGCGAGAGCUGGUAGCUCUGGAUCGAGAAAACCAUCGAGAUGUAUCCAUUCCGGUGCCUAUACGGCAUCGCGAUAAUGCUGGAAGAGUGAGCCAUGGCAAAGUCACACCAAACGUUCGAAAGAUCCUCCAGUCUCAGAAGACAUUCGCAAACCAUCUCUCCGACUAUGAAGCCCUGGGCUCUCCCUUAACAGCUUCGACCGCCCUCACACAGCCUUCUGCCACAAUCCCAAACACACCAGCUGCUCGCGCUACACCAGGCUCAGGAGCACCACAUCUUACAAGUAAAGGCACCCGUUCACACAAGAAGAAAGACCCAACCGCUGUCUCAACACCCACCCCUCUCCGCAAAGUCUUCAGCGCCGCACAACUCACCCCCGCUGCAGUGAAAUCCGAAUCAAGUACAGCAGAUGUGCCUAUGCCAGACGCACCCAUUCUCUCACAGGGUAACGGGACGAUACCUGCUGCACAUCCUCUAGACAAAGAUCCGCUGCUAGUCUCAAGGAUACCGGGGAUGCCUUCACAGACGGAGAUAGACAAGUUAUUAGCUGCGCCGCCUUUGACUUAUAAUGAAGCGAGAGGACCUUGGGUGGAGGAGGACAUGAGGAAACCUGUAAGGCAGUUCUGUGAGAUUUGUGGGUAUUGGGGGAGAGUGAGAUGUACAAGGUGUGGAGGGAAGGUUUGCGCUUUGGAAUGUCUGACUACUCAUCAAGAGGAGUGCUUUUCAAGAUAUGGCGCAUGAAAGAUAUACGGCUUCUGAUUGAGAUGGCGUCUUUGGCAUGAUUAUCAUUUGCUGGAGUCAUGGCACAAGUCAAACCCCUAUAAUGAGGAGGAGGGGUAAUAAGCAGAGCUGCAGAGCCAUUCGCAUGUGUAUACUAUGCAUAAUGUACUUUGUG